AUGGGGAAGAUUGGCCGCUUCGGAUGGACCUUGUGGAUCUUGGUCACCGAGGGAGUGUGGAGCCACGGUCGGAAGGAAGAUCGCAACCCCAGGACAUGGCAGGCCCGGAGUGCCCAACAGGCCCAUGACUUUGAGCUGUGCGCGCAUGGUGAACACAUUGCACACGCGAGGGUCCCAGGCUGGGCGCCAAAGUCGAGUUUGGUGUCUUACACCACAAGCGCUUGUGAGCCGGGAACCCACAUCCCCAUCGUUACUGAGAGCGCAUGUGCACAGGACCCGGCCGCUUGUGAAGGGUUCUGUUGCCCUGCAACUGCCCUUUGGUGUGCCGGUUGUGGCAAUGCCUCCCAGGCAGGCUGCCACGAUUGCGCAGGAGGCUUCGUCAACCUUGACGAAACAGGCACUCCAACAAGUACUCGUUGCGAAGCUUGCAUGGACACUCCAGGGUGGGUGAAUAAGGCAGGAAAAUCCUGUGUGCAACUUGAGAUCUCUGAUUGUACCGAUGAAGAGUAUCAUUUCCUGUCCGCAAAUAUGGCAUGCUGCCACUGUGGUGGGGGUCAUCGCCAAGCAACGGCUUUCACAUACUUCGCCAGGACGUUGGUAUUAGGUGAAAGACCAAGUGACUCCCUCGGCCACCCCGUUCCGCGGACGGCGGCCCAUUACUCUGUGAACGCAGGCUGCCCGCUUCUGGACCACAACUUGACGCUGAAUGCAUCCACCGGCCAGGUGGAGCUUGUUAAGUCCUGCAGCACGGUUGGCUGCGGCUCUCAUGAACCAUUCAGCGUGAGCUGCCUCGUCACUGCUCACCAAAGUGAGGGCCUGAACUUUUCUGCAAACCUUAUAAUGCAUGCAAGCAAGCUCGUCUACGGCUCGGACAACAUUCUGCUUGUUCCACGCGGGUCAGGCGUAGCAACGUUUGACCCCCAAUCCAGUUUUGGAUUUGCAGGUGAUGGUGACGCAUUCUCCAUGGCAUGUGUGCCGUCUGAAGAGACCCCAUGGCUGAGCUUGGAUACUUCAAACGGUACAAUACGAAUAUCCCCGGACUUAGCGCCAAACAACACAUAUGGCAUAACGGACAUGAACGCCCCAGGUCUUGCCUUGAAUCAUGGCAGCGGGUUGCACUGUCGAGUGGUGGGAAGGAUUUCUCAGACACAGUCAGUCGAAGCUUCGCUGCUUAUCUUGGUGCCAACACCCUGGUCGUCUGUUGCCUGGACAAAUCCACACAUUCGGCAGACCAUUGGUGUGGAGGCGCCGCCAACAAUCCCAUCAGACGCUUCGAAGCGACAGUGGAGCCUCCCACCCACAAACUUCACAGCAGCAUGCUCCUGUGAUGUUGGAGAUGUCGUCUUCGCAUUUGAUGUGCUGACAGGCCAAGCAACACUUGAUGGUCAUGACGUGUUCGCCUUGGAGCCCACAAGUGGCAUUGUGCUUCCAAAUGGGAACUCGAGCUUGUCUUACCUUCUGGACAAAGGCGACGCGAUGCGCAACAGCCUGAGGUUGCUGGCAAGCGCAUGGCGAGUGGCGGAGCAGGUGACAGCUGACAGUUGCAAAUCCGAAUGCCGGAGGAGGGCCAACUGUUCGCAUUUCACAGCCGCCAGUGGGGAAUGCUUGUUUCUGAGUGCUCGUUGCAAUGCCGGCUCGGGUUGCCAAGUGUAUGCGAACAUCACUGAAAAGAUUCCCCGGUGCUCUGAGCGCCUGACUUGCCUCCGCUUCAACACUGACAACCAGUUUUACGCUGGCACCUACUGCCCAGCCAUGGCCGACAGCAACGGUGAUGCAAUCUAUUUACACGAUGGGGUCACUCAGCAGGAUGCUCACUAUCUGGCUCCUUUCCGACAAAGCCAGCACAACAUCACCAACGUCACCAACAUCACCAACGUCACCUGUGAAGACGGCAGCUUGAUUCUCAAAAGUUCAGAUCCAGCCGACGACUUUAUGGACCCGGAUGUGAACAAUUCUCGCCUGGAGCUGCACGGGAAGGAUCUCGCAUGCAUCCAGGCAACAGCAGAAGGGGAGUUGGUUUCGCUCGUUUUCAGCCAUGGCAGGCAGCAGGUGUCCAUUGCUGCAAACAGCAGCUUCGUAGGGGCCAGCUCCAGCGAUUUGUUUCUCGAGCUCGAUGGUGGAGAAUGCAGCGCUCCAAACCUGACCUCCCAUUCCAUCGAAGGUGACCCUGGAGCCAACGAAGAGUUUUCAGCAGUCAUCGUGGAUGACGUCUCGACUGUCGAACCAGCUGACUUCUCCUUGCAUCCCUGUGAAUGCCUUCCGCCAGCGUGGGAAUCAGAAGACCAGGAAGAAAGCGCAGCACAGCACAAAGCGCAACAGUUCCUGAUCGCGAAAGGCGCUUACACUUGCAACCAGGCUGACUUGUUGAACUUCGUUCAGAUGGAUGUUCGGGAAAUCCCGCUCAACCUUUGUGCUGCAUCUUGCCGGGCCCUUGCAGACUGUAACUUUUUCUGGGUGGGCGCAGCUUCGGGGGCAUCGCAGUGCAAGCUUUACCGGAGCUGCCGCUUCCUGGCGCGAGAGAUUGGGUCAGAAGGCAGCCUGUACGGCAUGCCACCAUCCAGGGAGAUUUGCAGGAAGUCUGAUCCUGAGGCAUGCUGGUCCACAACUGUGCGACGCCGGAUGCUCGGAGCUUCCGAUGUCUCCUCUCUCCCAGGAGGCCGCUGUGUGUUCCAAGAGCAGCUGGAACUCUGCGACUGGCAGCUACUUCUCGGUGGCGCUAGCAUUGAGGAGUGUGGGAAGUGCGAGUACGCCUUUGCAGAUUCGCACUCCUGGCGGCGCAAGAAGCCUCUCCAGGGACCCUUCAGGCCAGGGACAACGCUGGAGCUUUCAUGCUGGGAGGAGUUUUACAGCGCAGUCCCGGGGGACAAUGAGGAAGGAGCGCUACAAAAAGCACAAACUCAGCUGACCUGCCUUGGUGGUGAGUGGGUCGCUGAAGCUUCAAGCUUUGCAUGUGCAGCUUGUGUGCAGCUGGUUCGUGCUCCUUACGCUGCCCUUCAAGAUGCAGAGAAGCAGGAGCUGUACUUUGCCAUGCGCCAUGAGAUGCAGAUGCUAGUGGAUACCAAGACUAGCCAUGUGCUCGAUCGGCAUGGCGGACUUGUUGCGGUGAGCUUAAACAAGCGGCAGUGGCUGGGAAGCGUCAUGGUGCACGAUCCAGAUGUCAAGCUUUCAUGGCAAGCUAGCACAUACAACAACACAUAUUUUGCAAAGAGAGAUGUGGGCUCGAAUUUCCAGCAUUUCUCUGUGGAGUCCACGGCCGGGUUGGCCGGAGUUGCCUUUCGGGUCUUGGUGCCGCCAAACCAUUCCCUGAGCUCAACGUGCAUUGUGCCCGACAGGUCGGCUCCGAAGUCUGCAGGCAGACUUCUGCUGGGAGAUUGUGGGGAUGAUUGGGCGAGGUGGUGUGCCAGCCCAGAAGGUCUCUGGAGCUCCAAGUCAGGUGGCUUGUGCUUGGAGCGCGACUCCUCAGGCACGGCCCUUGGCGUAGCCCUGUGCUCGUGGGAUAGGGCCACGAGAUUCGUCACGGAGGCCGUAUGGGGCGCCAGUCCAAUCGACCUGGCGGUAGCAGAGGAGCUGGGUUUUUCCGAGAAACUCAUCCCGGAAUCUGCUGGAGAUGAGACUGAGGAUGUGGCAGCGCAGCUUUGCAUCAAGGCAGUAAAGCAUGCAAAGGAGAAGGAGGACGAGGAGGUGGAUUGGGCGUCUGUCGCUGACGCGAAGGCCUGUGCAGAUGUCAAUGUGAGUUCCACGCUUGAUGGGAAGAGGAUGUCAGAUGGCAUCCUCUAUGCGUCCCACAUUGCAGAAUGCCAGCAGCAGUGCGCAACGAACCCAGAUUGCAUGGGCUAUGGUUUCUCUGUCUUCUUUAUUCCUCCAAAAGAGUGUGGUCCGUGCAACCGGCCUGAAGACUGUCAAAUUAACAUACCGCCCUCCUGCUGUAUACUUCCAUACACCUGCCCCCAAGUCGUGGACUGCACGAUUCGCACCCCUGAUGCGUGUUGCUUCUGCAUUCCGACGCCUCCCAUAUACCCCUUCACCUGCACGUUCCAUCGCAGCCGUCCGGUUGCCCAGGAGGUUGCCCUGGCCAAGAACCAACGUUGCUGGGCAAAGGCAACCACCACCAGCACCACUACCCCGGCAAUGCCGAGUAUUCCGUUUGGCUUCGUCCUUGAGUCGGAGGCGGAAGCGUCCUGUGAGGGCACGGUGUUGGAGUCCGAACUUGAGUGCGCUGCAGCAGCCGGAGAUGCCUGCUUAGAGAGGUGCGCCAUAUACUGCUGGCUUCACCAGGAGUGUGCUGGCCUGUCCCACGCAUACUUCAAGCCGGGUGAAGAGGCAACCUGCUCUUUUUACCAAGAAAUCGGCAGCACAACGCCUCAGGAUUUCAGCAUUUGCAUGAGGAAGACGCCGCAGCAAGCUCCAAAGCUUUGCCACGCGCCGGAAGAGAAAGCCAGCCCAGGAGGCUUUUUGGUGCGUAUUCCGGACCCUGCAGAUGGACAACUGUGGAGGCUCGAGUCAUCUGAAAGGCGUUCGCAGUGCCUGUCGGUCGAUGGACGAGAUUUCCUUUCAGAGAAUUGCUCCGAUGAAAGGAAGCAAUUGCUGGAUAUCGCUGAGGUUACCACGUUAGUGACGGUGAACCUGUUGGGCGAGUACACCGCGCAUGCACCUGAGCAGAACACGAGGACAAGCGCCAGCAUCAAAGACUUGAGAGAUGUGGACGUGGAUGUGAACUGCAGCGACUUUCCGAUUCGCACGUUCUCCUUCUCCAGUGCCGAAGUGGUCUGCACUGCCGCUGGCGCCUUUGGCCUGCCCCGCAGUUCGAGCGUUUUGGCCAUUUUGAACGAAAGCGACUUGAGUACGAUGCAGCCAUUUGGUUGUGAGCCCGGCUACCUAUUCACUUCAAUUCGAAAGCCACAAGGUUCGCUGAACGUCACCUUCUCGUGUUCCCCAAUGGCCAGCCUGGGAGACUGCAGUGCUUACACAACCCCGCAGGUGGACGAAGAAGGGGACUUGGCAAUAGCGCUGAUGGCAUGCAACUACCAACAAGGAUUGCAGAGUGUGCUUCCAGAAACAUCUUCGGGUGGCACUUGGUUUCGCUACCGGUACACUUGCUGCAUGAUCGGCGCAGUUCCAAUGGGUUUUCUCCCCUCCGGCUACGUUGUGCCCAGCCUUGCAUGGGAAGGAUUGUACUGCCCGUAUGAGCGAGACAUCUCGGGACGCCUUCGAUUCUCCCAGCGGAGCUCCUUCAGCCAGGAUGGAAGCUUGGAUGGCCACUUUUACUACAACGAGGUGACGAGCGAAUGGUGCCCCCCAGCUGAAGGUCUUGUUCGGUACGACGGAUUUUGCUUGGCAGUGGACGCAACUGCUGAUCUCUAUGAUUCUACUUGCCAUCCCUUGGUAUUCCAAGCUUGCAAUUCGUCUGAACCCAAGCAGCGCUGGCGAUGGAUGUACGGGAAAUAUCUUACAAUUGAGGGAGGCAGUCCCAAAGCUGUGGACUUCAGCAACCCAGAUUCUCAACAACUCCACGCCUGUCCGUGGGACCCCAAUGCGAGUUCCGCACAAAUGCUGGUCUUGGAUCUCCAGGGCCGACUCUCACUUGGCGGGUCAGAACUUUGCAUGGAGGCACAUGUGUCCAGCUUCAUCCUUUCCGGCGGGGGCUACAUCACAAGAAGCGCCGGAAAUCCCUGCGAAGGAGCAACGGACCUUGACGAGACACACUGUCAGAUCGCCGCGGAAGUUCUGGGUAUCCCAUACAAGGGUGCGGGCAAUUGGGGGAGCGUGGCUCGGUGCCACCUCAACCCGAAUGGUGGCGGCGUUUACUUUAAUCAGGGGGGGGAUUCGCAGUUUCCGAGCCAUGUCCAGGGCAUCUGCCGAGAUGAAGUCCUAGCCAUGUCGGCCCCUUGCAACUGGGACAAUCUGAGCCAGCAGCAAUUCAGCACGCCCUUGCCAAGAUGCGCCAAGGCCAACACCGAAUUCCCACUCGGCGCCCAGGGAGAAGCUUUGGAGGACCCGGGACCGCGCGGAGCAUGUCCUCCAAAUGCCACCGGCUGCAGUGACAUUGCGCAGAACUCCUCCCGCUGGCAGGUCGUCGCUGCGAGCCCAUUUGAUGGAGCCUUUGCUGGAGCUGGAGGGGGGGCUUCGAAGGGAGUGAAGACGCGCACGAAGCCCGCGUUGGUCCAGUUCAUUGCAAAGCAAUAUGAGCAGAAACCUGAGUGUCAGGCUUUGACCUAUGCCAACGCCGAAGAACUCCCUACCGAGAACCCCUGCCGCUGGGUGUCUGGCCCGGUUCCGGACAGCCCGGAAGAUGCUGAGAAGCUCGCAGAAGAGGGAAGCGCGAGCUGGUGGGCAGCCGAGAUGGAUGAGAAAGGUGAGGCAACGGAGGGAGAAGGCGAAGCGGGGUAUACCUACGACAACAUUUUCGGCUGUUUCACCCGCCAGACUAACAGGGACUUCAUGUACGACAUGCUCACAGGUUCAUUCAACACCGCGACGUCUGUGGCCCAAACUGCACUCGACUAUCUGAAGCUUGGCAGUUGCAGCUGGAUCCCAAACCCUGUGAUGGCCGUCUGGGGGAUCGGGUUCAGUACGGAGCCAGGGAAAAUUUGCGAGCAGAUCCUGUCUACAUCGAGCAGCAGCCUGGGAGCCGCCAAUCAGGCUCUUACUUUUAGCUUGGAGGGCGGAAAGUGGCAUCAGGUCAAGAAGGAUUGCGGCGGCCAGAAAGCGUCAUUCUCGCGCAUUUUCUGUGACUUGUACUGCAUCAAGGACUCGGUGAUCGAGGGGGACAAGAUCAUCAAUGAAAACAUUCAAGAAGCAACCUCAGCAUUGAACACCAACAUGGAUGCACUGAUGGAGUACUACACAGGACGGAUCUUUACUCGCUUGUGA